AGCUUCUUCUACUUAGAAACACAACUUCAUAACAAUCUUUGAAUAUCCUCCAAGGUAGUAGAUAAACUUCCUUAGAUAACACAUUUUCAAUUUAUAAUGGAGAGAUUAACAAGAUUGGCAUCACAAAGAGCUGUAGUGAUCUUUAGCAAGAGUACAUGUUGUAUGAGUCAUACUAUCAAGACCCUUUUCUACGAUCUCGGAGUAAACCCAACGGUUCAUGAACUCGACGCAGAACCAAGAGCAGGAAAAGAAAUCGAGAAAGCACUUAUAAGGUUAGGAUGUAGUCCGUCGGUACCUGCCGUAUUCAUUGGUGGUGAGCUAGUUGGAGGAGCUAAUGAAGUUAUGACUCUUCAUCUCAGUAGCUCUCUCGUUCCAUUGCUGAAGCAAGCAGGAGCUAUCUGGCUUUGAAUACUACUCCUAUAUUAGUAUAUUUACUCAAUAUUUGACCAUACUCCUUUUGGUUAGUUGAUUACAAAGCUAAUAGGUUUGAUAAUUGAUGAUCAUACUCCCUUUUGUGUGAGUUCUUGGUUACUACUUUAACACUCCUGGUGUUAGGAAUCAGAUGCAGCAGUAAUAGCAAGAGGCACCUUUUAGUGGCCAACUUUUGCUUUUUCUGAUCUUUUCUGCAUUAUGUAUUCUCUUACUAUUAGGUGAGUUCCUUCUUAAUUAUUAAUGAUGUAUCCUCUUAUGUAUGAUUUCCUU